AUGGGCCGGGGAUUUUUCGCUCUGGCCAACCACCGGGCGGUUUUCUCCGUGUUUCGUCCGAAGCUGGCGUCACUCGUCAGACUCCAACUCCGCCACAGAUUUGCGGUGGAACUUGACCACGGUUGCUGCCUCGUGCGUCCAUGUGGCUCGGCCAAUAGGCUCUGUCCGGAGGCGGGAUUCCGAGUAGAUCGUCAGAACGAUGCUGAACUGCUCGCCUGGUACGGAUGGUACAAAGUUACUGUCCGACAGCCAACCACUCUGCUUGAGACUAUCGAACUGUACGGCCCGAGGGCAAAUGCGCCUCCGACGACCAACCCACGGACUCCAUCAGCAUCGGUGAAGAGAAUUAAGAAUAGUAAAAACGAUCCGCUUCAACAUCCAAUCAUGCCGGUCAAGGCCCCAUCAACCAGGGGGGUGUGGUGGGAGAGGAAAGUGGAAAGCCACUCGGCUUUGACGACUCUCAGGGCCCCAUCCAUGGAUGGAGAAUGGGGAGGGGGGAAAGGAAAGGACAGGCUUACUGCUGAACUGGAAGACGAGGACUGCCAACCAAGCCCGGCCAAGACCAGAUGCCAGUCCUGCCCAGAACAACCUGAUCCAUCCGGUAUCCAGAAAGACACUGCCACUGUCGAUCUCGGGAUACUCCCAACUAGCCAGAGGUCUGAUCCUCUACUAAGAACGACCAGUUCAACAGUCAACAACCUGGAAAGAAAACGGCGAGCCCAACAACGGGAGCUUGUUACCGGAGAAGGCUGUGGUGCAGUAGAGACAUACACGAUGACGGGCCGUUGUAGCGCUGUUGAAACAUUCGCAUCGAGAGACAAUGAUUUUAGCAGAUGGACCGUCGGAACUGGUCCCAGCAUCGUCAUCGUCAUCCCGCUCGUGUUGCCCCUCUAA